UUCGAAUUAAUUGCAGAAGAAAUAUAAAAGAACAAUGGGAUAUGCUCCGUAACGUGUGAAGGUUAACGAUGAUGUUCGUUAUCUUCUCAUUAUUCUCUCGUAUCUCUGUAAAUAAGCGUAAAUAACGUUCUCAUUGAAGUAUUCGUUAUUUUUAACAAGAAAGAAACGUGUUCCUCUUUAACCGAUAAUAUUGUGAAUUGUGCAUAAGCUUCGUUAUAAGUAAUUAGUUGGUUAUUAACGAUCGAGAAUAACGUUGCUCGUUAUUAUGAAAUAUCUUCGAUUUCCUCUGCUUCGCCUUAAUACGUAGAUUUGUACGUCAGUAUUCUUCAAUGAUUGAUCGAUGUUUCUCUUUUUUGCAGGAAGGUUUACGUCCAAUUAUAAGAUUACCAUAGGCGCUGAUUUCGCAAUAAAGGCAGUCGACUGGGACCGAUUUACUAAAAUUAACUUACAAUUAUGGGAUGUCGCUGGCCACGAAAGGUUCGGAUACAUGACCAGAGUUUAUUACAAAUACGCCGUAGCUGCAGCUUUGGUGUUCGAUAUUUCGCGGAUAGCCACGUUUCAGUCGAUCAAAAAAUGGUUGUGCGACCUACGGGAAAAGGUCACGCUCCCAGAUGGUUCGGAGAUACCAGUCGUCCUAUUGGCGAACAAAUGUGAUAUUUCUUGUCCGUCGGUACCAAUCGAACAAAUUGCCAGGUUCUGCAAAGAGAACAACAUUGGUGCCUGGUAUGUAACGUCUGCCAAAGAAAAUACGAAUAUCGAUGUGGCGAUGCGUUAUCUCGUGGAGAACGUGCUGAAGACCAGAAUCGACGUUGAUAUUCGUGAUUCCGUACGAUUACGAGAUAAAUCUGGCAUUCGACAAAGGAGCGAAUGUUGCAAAUUAUAAUCGCGCGACUAUAGUUCGCGUGUUUAUCUAUACGAUUUUAAUUUAUCCGCGAUGCGUAUACUUUAAUACGUUUAUAACGAUUAAUCGUAAUCUGUAGGAGCACGUCAAUGGACGUUGACAUGUUACAGAUGCGCCUAACAAUCCGAAAAUUUUAAUAUGCUACAGCGAAAUUAAACAUGUUUGUUUGAAAAUACACGCACGAUGAAUUUCUAGGGCGACAGAGUUUUUAUCUCGGCUAAUAACUAACAAGUGAAUAAUCCUCAAGAGAUUACCAAUUUUUUACACGUCGGAUAAUAGUCUUAUUUGCAUUUUUUACGUGUCGGAUAAUAGUCUUAUUUGUAUUGUUUACAUGGCGGAUAAUAAUCUUAUGUACAACGAUGCGAACGUUUGUAAAUUGCGGAGAGAAAUUACGAAUAUUUAUUUUAGAAUGCACGAUAAAUUUUUAAGGCAGUAGGAUCUUCGUUUCGUUUAACAUAACUAUCGAGCGGAUAAUUUUAUACGGCUCAACUUUUUAUAUUUCUUCGUAUUUAUCGUUACAUCUGUUGUUAGAUAAUAAUCGCGUAUUUUAUAAAAAUCUGAAACAAACAGUUUUAUUUAAGCGUUUCUAUGUACGAGAUCACACGUCAAUGGGUAAAAACAACGAGGAAUCGUUUAAAUCGAUAGAUUUAUUUGAUUUGUACUUUGAUAACUCUUCAACAUUAUUUGCGUUCGUAAAUCAACCAAGGGAAAUAUUAUAAAUAAAUAUGAAGCGAAUUCGUAACAUCGCGAGUUACGAAAUGUCUUUAAAAUUCGCUAUUACAUUCUUAUCGUAUUUUUACAUUGUGGUAACAAGAAUUAACACGUAACUUCUAUGUACAAACAUAUUCACGUGUUACCUUUGGUAAAUAUUCAACACUCGUUUCAGUGUGCUACAAAAUUAAAUAUACUUGGUAUUCCUUUGCCAAGUUUUACAAUAUGCAAUUUGUCGGUCGACAAAUAACGUAUCAUUUAUUAUACGAUAUUGGCCACGUUUUGCUAUUAUCUAAUCUAAAUAAAUCUAACAACAGC